UGCAAAAACACAGCCGUGUUCAGAGGAGGGAGCACAGUCUCUGUGAUUGAUCUGCAGGCCUGGGAGGACGCAUUUCACAGUCUGCCCUCUGUGUGUGUGCUGCAGAGAGACCAGCAUUUAUCAUUGAGGACUUUGAUCUGAGAGGGGUCGGACUCACUGCUUGUGUGGGGAAAUAAUUUGUGGACACAUUUUUGAAAUACAGAAAGAAAGAAAUAAGUUCCUUUUCUGAUCAUCAUAAGACAGAACAUGGGGACCUGCCCCAUCAGAUGUCGAUCCAACCUCACAAUCCUGGAAAAUUCUCCUGAGCCUGAAUCACCACGGCCGCAGGACAGUGUGAUUGUCUCCCUCUGUAACUACCCGUCCUUUGAGAGUACAGAAUUAACAAUGUGCAUCGGAGAACAAGUAACCGUCCAGUCAGAUGACGGUGAUUUUCUGAUGGUCAGAUCCACCACCACGGGCCUUGAGAGCUACAUCCCCACCACCUACACCGCCAAUGUGACACACAAGUGGCUGUUCAAAGACAUCAGCAGGUACAAGGCGGUGGAGCUGCUGAUGCGGCCUCAGAACCAGAGUGGAGCCUUCAUGAUCCGAGAGUCAGAGUCAAACAGAGAUUGUUACUCGCUGUCUGUGCUGAGUAGGAGCAGCUCUUCGUACCUUGACAGUGUAAAGCACUACCGAAUCCCUCAGCUCGAAAACGGCUGGGUCUACAUCUCUCCAGGGCUCACCUUCCCCUCCCUGCAUCACCUGGUGGAACACUACUCAGAAUCAGCAGGAGGGCUGUGUGUCCGGCUGACGGGGCCGUGCCACAUCCAGGGUUUAGACAACCCCACAGAGGACAGGCCUGUACCCAUAACCAUCAGGAGGCCGACUAUCAACUGGAAGGACAUCAGCAGGUCAGCGAUCUUCAGGAGGAAGAGGACAGAGUCAGACAACUCUCUGGUGAGCGAGGGGCUGAGGGAGGCCAUCACCUCGUACCUACAGAUUACAGAGGGCAAUGAUCACAGCUGGGACACAUGAGGAGAGACAGAGGAUCAGCCUGGAACAAGUCUCACAGAUAAAGUGAAGCCACACACUGUCAUGGCUCAGCUGCCGUUUGGGCUAGCCAUAGAGAGAGGUCAUGGAGGGGCAUGAGGGCUGAGACACUACAAUGUUUAGAGCUUUAUUUAUACAGUCUAUGGUGAGAAAGUGUCUGUCAGCAAGAAAAAUGUGUUUGUUUUAAAGAGUGGAGGAGUGAGCUCAUGGUCAGUGAUCUCAUUUGGUUUAAAAAAUGGAAUGUGUGUCCUGAUUUAUAACUACAUAUGAACAUGCUGUGACAUUGUUAUCUCCUAUUAGCUCUUGUUGAAGUCUAGGGGUUCACACACUUUUUUCCAAUCUACACUGCUGUCUGAAUUAUGUAUUCAAUAUGGACAAGAACCAAACAAUAAUUGUUGAAUAUUGCAACUGAGGUGAAGAUCGGACCAUAUUUUAGAACAAAUAUACAUAAAUUAAGGUUAUUCCAAAGGUUUUAGCCUACUUUUCUUGCCACUGUCUAUGUCCUUAUUUAUAACCACAUAUGAGCAUGCUGUUUAAAUGCCAUAUGAAAAAUGUAAAUAUUAUUGUUGUUUUACUGUAUAUGAUUGUUGUCAUGGUUGUGUUAUUGGAAUCCAAUAAAAAUAUUUUGGAACAUUUGAAAAUAAUAAUAAA